UCAAGGUCUCAUUGAUGCUGCUGUGUAUAUAUGCAGAAACUUUGAGAUGUCUUAAUUUUUUUUUUGAGAUGUCUUAAUUUUGAUGCAAAUGCCUUCAUUACGUGGUGCAUAUAUACCUCCAUCACGUCCAUAUACUUACCAUUUGAUCUCCCUUCAUUAUGUAAUGCAAAUCAAUCGAUUCUGUAAACCCUCUGACAUCCUGAAAGUUUUUGCAGCUUCCGUUUGAUUCCUCUCCAGCUUCCGCAACAUGGGUAACCUAUUAACUUCUUCGGUUAACAAGCCCAUACCAGAGACCUCAUCGAGAUGCCUGACAGAGUGCACCACCGCCGCCCACAACUUCGAGGUGAUUAAGUACUCGCUGCUCAAGGGCAUGGGUGCCGGUAAGUUCGUUAGCUCGAGCACUUUUAGAGUCAGCGGCUACGACUGGAAAAUCAGGAUCUAUCCUGAUGGGAACAGGGAGGCAGACAAAGCUGCCUACAUGUCUGCCUUCUUGUGUUUCUGCAGUGGUGCAACAAUGGAUGUGAAGGUCAAGUUCACUUUGAGUUUACUGGGGAAAGAUGGGAACAUUAGUAAUCUAAAUAGCAAAACAACAACAACUAACUUUAAGCCUGUAGGUGCUACUUGGGGUUGGGACAAAUUCAUUGACAAGUCCAGGCUGCACGAACUGCUAUCCCGCAAUGACGACUGCUUCACAAUCAGGUGCGUUUUGACCGUCAUAAAAGACCAUCACACGGAAGAUGUAAGCACAGUCCUAGUCCCAGUCCCCCAGUCAGACCUCCACACGCACUUGGCAAACAUGUUGAAGGACGGACAAGGCGUGGAUGUGACAUUCAGUGUUGGCGACCAACUAUUCAGUGCACACAGAUACGUGUUAGCCGCACGAUCAUCAGUCUUCAAGGCUGAGCUCUUUGGUGAAAUGAAGGAAACCACCAUGGAAUGUAUCAAGAUCGAGGACAUGGAGCCUGCCAUCUUCAAGGCACUUCUUCACUUCAUAUACACAGAUAACCUGCCAAACAGUUGUGGUGUUGACCAAAAUGUGGCAUUGCAACACUUGUUGGUCGCCGCAGAUCGGUAUGGACUGGACAGGCUAAAGGCUAUUUGUGAAGAGAAGCUAUGCCAGAAAAUUGAUGUGCAGACAGUUGCAACCACCCUAGCUUUAGCGGAGCAGCACCACACCGUGCAACUCAAGAAUGCUUGCCUUCAGUACCUGUCUUUGCAGGAUGUGCUUCGAGCAGUCAAGAAGACCGACGGGUUCAAGCACCUCACUACAAGCUGUCCAUCGAUUAUGAUGGAGAUAUUAGACAAGGUCGCCCCAUCGUCAGAUGUAUGAGCAGUGUAGCUCAGAAUUUAAAUUGAAGUGUGGAAUUCUAGCCUUAUUCCAUCAAUUUUUAUCAUCUCUCUUGUGUGUC